AAUAUUUUAAUUGAUAAAACGAGAAAUUUAAACGGUCUCUGUCAUAAACAUCAAUUUUUUGGAUGAAUGAAAUUAAACUUGUGAUUUUAAUUACAUAACAUCACAAAGUAGAAGAAUGUUAUUAUGCAUAAUAUAUACUUCGUGUAGCUAAAUAUUUAUUAGUUUAAUUUGCAUGGUUAACCAUGUGAGGACCAAUACAUAUGAUGACCAAUACUACAUGUAGUCAUCAAUCAUUUUUCAUAUUAUAUUUAAUGCCACAACCUAAUACGAUUCAUUCCUUGUGCUAAAUAAAUUCGAAAUUACUUAAAUUUCGAGUUUUGUUGUGAACUAUUAGCUCAAAUGCAUCCUUGGUUAUAAUAUGAUUUAUGUUUAUUAUAAUUUUGUUGGUGUUUUUGGAGAAGAACAAAAACGUGAGAGAGAGAAAGUCAUAAAGAGCAAAGGAGAGAGAUGUAUUCACUUAUCAAUGUUGUAUCAUGUACAAGCUAUUUAUACUAGAAGAAGAAAAGAUUAGUCAUCUUCUCUUUAACACAUACGAAGACAUGUGUAAUUGAUGACAAUGAUAUAAAUUGUAAUGUCAUCACACGUGUUUGCCAGAUGGAUGAUCACCAUUAUUUAACACUCCCCUUUGAUUAUCCAUCUAGUAUUACGUAGUGCCUCAUUAAAAUCCUAGUCACGGAAAAAUCCAGUGGGAUAAAAACCAUGACGAGGGAAAAAGAGUACACUGACGUAAUCUCCUCCUGAGAGUAUUGGACGUAGCUUUUCUUUAUAGGUCACGCAAACGCCGCAUCCCGAUACCAUUGACGUGUUUUCAAAAUGUUGUAAUCGGAAGAGCUUUGGUGAACAAGUCAGCCGGAUUGUUGCAUGACCGUACAUAUUCGAUGUCUACUUCUUUAUUUUUCUCGAGCUCCCGAAUGUACGAGAAAAAUCUUGGAGGGAUGUGCUUUGUUCUAUUGCUCUUGAUAUAACCUUCUUUGAGUUGAGUGAAGUAAGCCGAGUUAUCUUCAAAAAAUUUCGUCGGCUCUUUCUUGUUAACUACUCCACUUGAAUCUUGUAUCUGGUGACUCAUUGACUUUAACCACACACAUAUUCGAUAUGCUUCGAAAAAGUUGAAACCCAUGAUCAUUUCUCGAAACUCCAUGUGACCGCGGUUUCACCAAUUGUAAAACCAUAUUCGUUUUGCCUUUGAAUGUAUCUGCAAAACCAUACCAAACUCGGGUUUUCUAGAACAAAUUAACCCAAAAUCAAUAUGUACCUUGGAGAGAACAUAUAUGUUCGCGACGUCGUUAUAUGCUUUAUGACCAUUAGCAUCUCCAAAGUACUUAUUUAUAUAAGAUCUUACCAGAAUCUUUUAAACAAUAUAUUUUCAAUACAUGUUCUUCUGGAACUUUUCUACUUAUGUCUUCUUUCAGACAUUUUUCGGGGAUUUUAUCUUUCGAACCAGCUGAUCUCCCCCUCUUUAACUGAACCCUAGGUUCAUUCAUUUUGUUUCCAUCAGUUUGUUCCCCAAGAACAACCACUCUUGAUGGAAUAUUUUCAGCGGGUAUAUAUAUGAUUUUGUCAUUCUUUUCGUAUCUGUGAACGCAUCUGGUAACUGAUUUGCCAAAUAAUGCAAAUGCACAAUUUUUUAAACUUCCAACUCUCUUUAAUUUGUAGGGGGAUCAAGGUGUAACAACAACUGUGUACACCAUGUAAUCUCUUUUAGGAAUUCCUCUAAUUCCUUUUCCUAACGCUGGAAUUCAUGGCAAUCGGCAAACUGUUCCGUAGACAUAUCACCAGUUACUGGUUCCAGAUAUCUCAUUUACGGCCUGUUCUAACUCUUUCAGAGUUUUAUCAUUCCCGAGAAUAUUUUUAAUUCUCCAGGGAAUACUAAAUAUCAAGAUGCAGCUCAAGUCGUUUAUAUCCUGCCAGACAUAUCAAUAUACUGCAUUAAAAUUUCUCCAGUGACCUUGGAACAAGCCGUUUUUCAUUUCUCAUGGUCAUCUUUCUUUUCAUUCUCUGGAGAAAUAUGCUUGGACUUCUAGUCCAAAGCCUUCUCGUUUUUUUAACGAUCUUUAUAUCAAAUUGAUUGCCUUAUUCACUCUUUGGCUAAUCAAUUCACUCUAUCCUCGUAUAUAGAGGUAGAUUCAGGAUCGACAUUUAUAUAGCGCUUUUUAUUUUUAUUUAUUGUCGACAAUCUAUUUUCUCUUUGGUUCCAUCUUUUUACUCGUACUGAUAUGGUUAAUCGAGAUCUCUUUAUCAUCAUCGAUGAUUUAUCCAGGUACCUGACUUCACAUUAACCCAUAUCAACGGUCUCUUUAAGAGAUUCGUCCUCUAUUCAUAUAUUUGCUCCAUUUUGAGGACUCUUUGGAACCAAAGUGGUCUAUCACGUCUCUAGCGUGUCAUAGACUCAUAUAUCGUCCUUUUAGGACACAUUUUCUUAUUGGAGCAUUUUCAGCUGGAAUAUGAGAUCAUUAUUUUAUCAAAAUAUCUGGCAGGCAUUUUAUGAAUGGAUUGUCUUAUAUAACUUUCAUGAUAAUCCAUUUCUCAUAUCUCAUUCCAUCAGCUGCUUAUAUACUUCCAGCAACCUUGCGAGCAUAUUUCUGAUUAGUCCAUAUACUUCAUCCCUUUUGGAUUGUAUAUGGCUCUAUUACAUGCAUAAAUGCAUGUUUACACCCGAUCAUGGGAAUCAUCUUAUUUGAAUUUACUUUAUCAAGUACUUUUUCGAGUGAACAGAAUAUUCUCAUUGUUCCACUCACUAGGAUUCUUUAAUUCCCCCCCCCCCUCGAGAUGAUGACACUCCAUGUCUAAAAUCUCGUACUGAAUCCCACUCUAGAACCAAUAACAUAUUCAGAUUUCCCAUUUGGGAUGAAUUAUGUUUCAAAUCCUUUAGAGUGAGAUCAUGAUUUGGGACUGUUUAAAGAAAUCACAUAUUGUUACAAAAUCCAUUGUGUGGAUGGACCAUAACCAAGUACUUAACCAAGUACUAGACAAGUCCAACAAGUACAAGAGGAAGUGCAAGGAGGUUUACAUCCGGUCUACAUCGGUUCAUCUACAAACCGGACCGAGAUCAGAAGACUCAGUCAACCUUGGAGAUAUCACCAUGACCAAGUCUUCUCUAUGACAUCAAUGUAGUCAAUGUAAUCAAUGUGUAGAUUUUAUUCCUUGUAAAGCAUUUGUAAACCCUUGUAUCAAACCACUAUAUAUUGUGGUGUUGGCUAAUGAGAAAUACACACAACUUUCUCACAAAUCACUCUCCACAUUCUCUUUAGUUUAUAACACGUUAUCAGCACGAGAACACUCUCUCUACCUGAGCAAUCUCUCUCCACCGGAGCUCUCUUUUCCGGCCACAAAAUCCUAAAUCCAGGCGCAACUUUAAACCGCCGUAUCUCUCAAACCCUGUGGAUCCAGACGACGAUCCACCUAUCAAUCUGAAGCCCAAGACGAGAAGAAUCCGUUGCCGAAGACGGCUUGUCGAUCCGAUCUCUGACGCAUCGUGAAUCGCAUAAACUAUCCGCGCCGCCGACUCAUGGUUUUUCCGGCCAGCUCCUCCACCUCUCUCUCAAGAAGCUCAUCUGUGGAUCAACUCUCUCUCAUGGUGGUCCAUUCAGAUUCUUUUGGUGUAAAAUGGUAAACUAAUCUAUCCAUAAAAUCUAAGAACACCAUUAUAUUUGAAAAGAAAUCUAAGGAUCUAUAUGAAUCCAUAAUAUUAAACUUGUUUCUGUGAUCCAUUGAUCCAUAAGAAACUUGAUUCUGAAUUAUUUUGAAUCCAUAAAAGUUGUAAUUCUCUAAAGGUUCUAAAUAUCUCAAAUCAGAUUAAAAUAUUUAAAGAUCUAUAUGAAUCUUGAUUAUAAAAUUCUUAUAAAAUAAAAUGUUAAAUCCUAAAUCCCCUUCUUGGUUUGUAAGCCAUAAAUCGGCUCUACCUUUCUCCUAUAUGAUCCGGCCUUAAAUCCGGAUUUGUCUAAAGGAUUGAAACCAAUAAUCAAACCUUUGUUCAUUCGCAUUGAUGUCUUGCAUAUUCCCAUUGUUUUAUCUUCAUAUUCGCAUGCAUUUUGAUCAUCUAGAAUAGGAUUUAGGCAUGUUUAGGUUGCAUUUUGCAUACAUAAGUCUUUAUCAGGUGUUGGAGUACCACAUGGAGCAUUUGGGAUGCAUUGGGGACUCAAAAGAGGCAAAAGGAGUGAUUUAGAAACGACCAAAGCCACAGCGACCUAGUGCAGCGGGUCCUGUCGAUCGCUCCGACCUCAUGACCUGGAGCGGCCUCACCCCAGCGACUCCCACCGCCCGCUGCGACUUCACCAUCCUGGAGCGGCUCCACCUCAGCGACUCUAGCCGGUCGCUCGUCUUCUUUGCAGCGACCAUACGGAGCGACUCCACCUGCUCGCUGCGCCUCAUCCCUUGGAGCGACCUCGAGCCAGCGACCCCGACUGCCCGCUCCACCUGCUCGCUGCACCUUGUCCCUUGGAGCGACCCCGAGAGAGCGACUCCGACUGCUCGCUCGUCUUCUCCGCAGCGACCACCCGGAGCGACCCUGCCUGGUCGCUCCGCACCCGCUCCAGCUCGAAGAUUAACAUUUCUCAGGGGCAUUUUAGUCAUUUGUAUGCACGUUUUUCUGUUCAAAAACCUAAGUUUAAGUAUUGUGUUAGCCACCAAAGGCUGAUCUAUCUUUGUUACUUGGUAAACAUCAAAAAACUAUUGGAGAUUUCAUCUUUUAAUCAUUGAUUCUCUUGUUCUUAUCUUAUUUUCUUGUUGAAUUCAGUUCUCACAUCCCUGUUUAUGAUCAAUCUGAAACUCAAAAUGAGUUCAAGAAUGAUCAUGAACCUUAGUGAGUAAUCCACCAUUGAAUUCAUGGGUUAGGAAGAUUUAGGGUGAUUAAGUUAGUUCUAGGAUGUUUUAGUAUUAAUCAAACCUUAUUCUUUGCCUAGGAGAGUAAUCGUUAUGCAUCUAUUGAGUUGGCCUCUCAAAAGUUGAUCUUUAGACAUAUCCCACCCGCAAGGUGUUCGAUGAUAUGUCUGAGUCAACUCUCCUAAGCUCUUAACACACUUUACCAAAGGCAUUUGUUGUUAAGGGUGUUAAGAUAGCCAAUAGACUUGUUUGUUAAUGAUUGCUUUUGUAUUAUUCAGCCAAAGACAUUUGAUGUCUGAAAUAUGUUAGCAAAUGAGCAUUCAUCUAGACAUAGAGUUUGUUUAAGAUUGUGUCUAAGCUUAAGGUUGAUUAGUUUGAUUGACUGUUGCCAUCCUUAGUUCGGAGCUUGAUCACCCAAAGUCUAAAUUCCUAUACCCAUGAGUUCUCCUUUCUCAUAAAAGAAAGUUCAUUGAUUUACUGUUUUUAUUGUUUAAGUUAUUGCUUAUUAGGUUCUAGAAAUCAUCAAAUCUUCGAUUGCGCUUAGAUUAAGGAAGUACUUGCAUUCUUGGUGCUUUGAAUCCCUUGGAAUUGGUUCGACAUUUCACUCAUAUUACAACAUUUGUUUUAGGAACUUUGAAAUUCCUAGCAUCAAAUUGGCGCCGUUGCCAAAUUCCGAGUUGAUUUAAACAUUAAGAUUUAGUCACUUGCUUGAGACUAAGUCAUUUUUCUUUUUCUGUUUACUGAUUCUACACUUUCAUCCCUCUUUUAAUUUCAGGUGUAUGAACUUGAGGAGCAAGGGCACAUCAGACCUAGUUCCACUUGUACCUGACAUCAGAGCACUUGAAAGGGGUAUAUCAAGACAGAGAAGAGCUCAGCAGGAUAUCGAUAUGGAUCCACCUGCAAACGGUCAAGGGGUCAACCCUCAGCACCCUCCGCGACCUGCUCGACCGAUUGGUACCUAUGACCGUCCCAACAUCAAUGGUCAUAGGCUUGGCAUCAGAGCCCCAGCUGUGGAGGCUAACAACUUUGAGGUCAAACCAGGACUCCUUAACGUGAUCGAGAACAACAAGUAUCAUGGCUUGGCUGUCGAAGACCCAUUCGAUCACUUGGACAAGUUUGACAGCUACUGUGGUUUGUCAAAGACCAAUGGUGUGUCCGAGGAUGCCUUCAAACUCAAGCUAUUCCCUUUCUCUCUGGGAGAUAAGGCACGUCAGUGGGAGAAGUCUCUACCUAGCGACUCCAUUACCACCUGGGAUGACUGCAAGAGAGCAUUCUUGGAGAAGUUCUUCUCUACUUCAAGAACUGCUAAGCUAAGAAACGAGAUAUCCAGUUUCCAGCAGAAGAACUUGGAAGGCUUCAGUGAAGCUUGGGAGAGAUUCAAGGGCUACCAAGCUCAGUGUCCACACCAUGGUUUCUCAAAAGAGAGCUUGCUGAGUACCUUCUACAGGGGUGCACUUCCUAAGUACAGAUCCAGAUUGGAUACUGCAAGUAACGGGUUCUUCUUGGGGAGAACUGAAGCAGAUGCAGAGGAGCUGGUUGACAACAUGGUGAAGAGUGACGCAGUCUACAGUGGAGACCAUGACAGAGGAGAUAGAACUGAUGACAAGCAGACGAGGAAAGAGUUAAAGGCCCUACAGGAUAAGAUCGACAUUCUGAUUGCUGAUAAGGCUACACAAGAGCAGCUGAACUUCGUUGGUAACCCAGCACAAGAAGCACCUCCUGGUGCUAAUGAAGUUGAUGGUUUAGAGGGUCAAGAAGAGCUAUGUUUCAUCAACAACAAUGGCAGUUGGUACAAGAAGGAGCCCAAUUUUCAGUACAACAACUACCAACAGCGAUCUUACCCAAACAACCAGCAGAAUGGUUACCAGCCUAGGAGCAACCAGCAAGGCAACUCUCAGCCUCAGCAGAAUCCUCCACCAGGUUUUCCCAACAAAGGAAACCCAUCUUCUCAGCAGCAAGCUCAUCCUUCUAGUUCUGCUCCUCCAGCCAGCAGCACAGAUAUUCUACUGAAACAAAUCUUGGACUCCCAAACUAGAAGUGAAAAGCAUGUUGGCUAUGAACUCAAGAAUCUCCACAACAAGAUUGAUGGUAGCUACAAUGAGCUCAACAACAAGUUCAAGGCUUUGGAGAACCAGUUUGCUUCCUUGACUACUCACCAAAACCGCCAGCAAGGUUCUCUACCUGGAAAGCCUGAGCAAAAUCCCAAAGAAACAAUGAAGGCUGUUACCCUUAGGAGUGGCAAGCAGUUGCCUCCUCCAACUCUCACCAAGGAUGCUGAGAAACAAGGUGGGGGGGUAGCCAUCAACAUUGAUGAUGAGGUUGUGAUUGUGGAUGAGAAGAUCAAUGAUGAGAUCUUAGAGAAGAUUGUGGAAGCCAAAGGCAAAGGAAAGGUGGGAGAAGAGAAGCAAACAGUGAAAGAUGGUCAAGCUGCUGCUCCAGCAACUGAGAAUCCUUUUGUUCCCCCCCCUUAUGAGCCCAAACUUCCAUUCCCUGGAAGGUUCAAGAAGCAGCUGCUGGAGAAGUAUAAAGCCUUGUUUGAAAAGCAGAUGAGUGAAGUUCAGAUUACGAUGCCCAUCAUUGAUGCUUUCAUGCUGGUUCCUCAAUACAGCAAGUUCCUCAAAGAUGCUGUAGCUGCAAAGAAGAAGGAGAUGCAAGGUAUGAUGAUCCUCACUCAUGAGUGUAAUGCCAUCAUUCAGAGACUUGAUGUUCCAAAGAAACUAGAGGACCCAGGAUGCUUCACACUGCCUUGUGCCCUUGGACCUAUGGUUUUUGAAAGAUGUCUCUGCGAUUUGGGAGCUAGUGUCAGCUUGAUGCCUUUGUCAGUUGCCAAGAAGCUUGGUUUCACUCAGUACAAGAAGUGUAGACUCUCAUUGGUGUUGGCUGAUCGUUCAGUGAAGUACCCUGUCGGCAUCUUGGAAGACCUUCCUCUUAUGGUCGGAAACUGUGAAGUCCCUACAGAUUUUGUAGUACUUGAGAUGGGUGAAGAAGCUCAAGAUCCCCUAAUCCUUGGGAGACCUUUCUUAGCUACUGCUGGAGCUAUUGUGAAUGUGAAAGAAGGCAAGAUUGAUCUCCACUUGGGUAAGAGACACAUUCUCCACUUUGACAUCAAGGAGGUUAUGAAGAAACCAACUGUGCAAGGACAAAUCUUCUACAUUGAAGAGAUGGAUGCUCUGGCUGAUGAACUCCUUGAAGAGCUGUCUCUAGAAGAUCCUCUACAGCUGGCUUUGACAGUGGAGAAAGGGGCUGAAGUGAUUGAGAACCUGGAGAGUACAGCCUAUGGGAUGAUGCUGGAUUCACACAAGGGGUUUGAGAGUAAGGGUCAGUACGAAGAGCUGCCACAAAUGGUCCAUCAAGUAGCUUCAGUGACUCAACAAGAGAACACCCAGCAAGAUGACUGGAGCGAGCUUAAGGCACCCAAGGUGGAGCUCAAACCACUCCCCCAUGGUGUAAGGUAUGCAUUCCUUGGCCCUAAUGAGACCUAUCCUGUCAUUGUGAGUAGUGAACUUAAUGAACCUGAACUUGCUGAACUUUUGAAAACACUUAAAAGGUUUAGAAAAGCAAUAGGCUACUCCCUUGAUGAUAUCAAAGGGAUCUCACCCACUUUGUGCAUGCAUAGGAUACAUCUUGAGGAUGAAUCAAUGACUUCUAUCGAGCAUCAAAGAAGGUUAAAUCCUAACCUGAAGGAUGUUGUAAAGAAAGAGAUUCUUAAACUCUUAGAUGCUGGUGUGAUUUACCCUAUUUCAGAUUCUAAAUGGGUAUCUCCUGUGCAUGUGGUUCCAAAGAAGGGUGGGAUCACUGUGGUGAAAAAUGAUAAGGAUGAACUAAUACCCACAAGAACCAUCACAGGACAUAGAAUGUGCAUUGAUUACCGAAAACUGAACUCUGCAUCUAGAAAGGAUCAUUUUCCACUGCCAUUUAUUGAUCAAAUGCUUGAGAGACUUGCAAAUCAUCCAUUCUAUUGUUUUCUUGACGGGUAUUCAGGGUUCUUCCAAAUACCCAUACAUCCCAAUGAUCAAGAGAAAACGACAUUCACAUGCCCCUAUGGUACCUUUGCUUAUCGAAGGAUGCCAUUUGGGCUGUGCAAUGCUCCAGCCACCUUUCAAAGGUGCAUGAUGUCAAUUUUCUCUGAUCUUAUUGAAGAUGUUGUGGAGGUAUUUAUGGAUGACUUCUCUGUCUACGGAUCUUUGUUUUCUGCUUGUUUGUCUAAUUUGUGCAGGGUCCUACAGAGAUGUGAAGACACCAACCUUGUGCUCAACUGGGAGAAGUGUCACUUCAUGGUUAAAGAAGGGAUUGUUCUUGGACACAAGAUAUCAGAGAAGGGGAUUGAGGUGGACAAAGCAAAGAUUGAUGUGAUGGUCAGUUUGGCUCCACCAAAGACAGUGAAAGACAUCAGGAGCUUCUUGGGGCAUGCUGGUUUCUAUAGAAGGUUCAUUCAGGACUUCUCCAAGAUCGCCAGGCCACUCACUAGACUGUUAUGCAAGGAAGAGAUCUUUCUCUUUGGUAAGGAAUGUCUAGAAGCUUUCAAGAAGUUGAAGAAUGAGCUUGUAAAUGCUCCCAUUGUCCAGCCACCAGAUUGGAGUCUACCCUUUGAGAUCAUGUGUGAUGCUAGUGACUAUGCUGUGGGAGCUGUUUUGGGCCAGAAGAAAGAUGGUAAGACUCAUGUGAUCUACUAUGCGAGCCAAACCUUGAAUGAUGCUCAGAUGAAGUAUGCCACAACAGAGAAGGAGAUGCUAGCCAUUGUAUUUGCAUUUGAGAAGUUCAGGAGCUAUUUGGUGGGGUCUAAAGUCAUUGUCUAUACAGAUCAUGCAGCUUUGAGACACCUUUUGGCCAAGAAGGAUGCAAAACCGAGGCUUCUGAGAUGGAUCCUUUUGCUCCAAGAGUUUGAUUUGGAGAUUAGAGACAAGCCUGGAGUUGAAAAUGGUGUAGCUGAUCACUUGUCUAGACUGAAAAUAGAAUGUGGUGUUCCCAUUGAUGAGGGACUUCCAGAAGAGCAGAUCAUGGCUAUUGGAGCAGUAAUGGCAGCUUGUGAGACUGGUAGAAAGCUUGAAGAGGUUAAAGCUACUGAAGAGAAAGAACCUUGGUAUGCUGAUUUGGUGAACUACUUAGCCACAGGAAAAGAACCUUUGAAUCUUGUGGGCUAUGCCAAGAAGAAGUUCUUCAAGGAUGUGAAGAGAUACUAUUGGGACGAGCCUUACCUCUACAUUCUCUGCAAGGAUCAGCUCUACAGAAGAGUGGUUGCCAAUGAAGAAGUUGAAGGGAUCCUUACACACUGUCAUGGAUCAUCUUAUGGAGGUCACUUUGCCACCUUCAAGACUGUUGCAAAAGUGCUACAAGCAGGAUUCUGGUGGCCACACAUGUUCAAGGAUACACAAGAUUUUGUUUUGAGAUGUGAUUCAUGCCAAAGAAGAGGAAACAUUACUAAGAGGAAUGAGAUGCCUCAGAACCCUAUCCUUGAAGUUGAAGUGUUUGACGUGUGGGGUAUUGACUUCAUGGGACCAUUCCCAUCAUCUCAUGGCAACAAAUACAUCCUUGUGGCUGUUGAUUAUGUUUCAAAAUGGGUGGAAGCCAUAGCAAGUCCCACCAAUGAUGCUAAGGUGGUAACCAAGAUGUUCAAGAGUGUCAUCUUUCCAAGGUUUGGAGUCCCAAGGGUGGUGAUCAGUGAUGGAGGCUCCCACUUCAUUAACAAACUGAUUGAAGGGCUUCUCAAGAAGAAGGGUGUGAAGCACAAGGUAGCAACUCCUUACCAUCCUCAGACAAGUGGUCAAGUUGAGGUUUCUAACAGAGAGAUCAAGUCCAUUUUGGAGAAGAUUGUGGGGAUUACAAGGAAGGAUUGGUCUACUAAACUUGAUGAUGCACUAUGGGCUUAUAGGACAGCUUACAAGACACCCUUGGGAACCACACCUUUCAACCUUGUCUAUGGGAAGUCUUGUCAUUUGCCAGUGGAGCUUGAGUACAAAGCACUAUGGGCAGUAAAGUUGCUGAACUUUGACAUCAAGAGUGCCAAGGAAAAAAGACUUUUUCAACUCCAUGAACUUGAUGAGAUAAGGAUGGAUGCUUUUGAGAAUUCGAGGAUCUACAAGGAAAAGACCAAGGCUUUCCAUGACAAGAGCAUUCUGAAGAGAGAGUUCAAGGAAGGAGACCAAGUUCUUCUUUACAACUCUAGGCUGAAGUUGUUUCCAGGAAAGCUCAAGUCAAGAUGGUCCGGUCCAUUCAAGGUCAAGGAGAUCAGACCUUAUGGGGCUAUUGUUUUGUGGGGUACUGAUGAAAGAGACUUCACAGUCAACGGGCAAAGAGUUAAGCUCUACAUGGCCACAGCACCAAAGGAAGAUGGAGUCUCAACUCCACUUUCUGAUCCCACCCCGGCCUAACCCCGAAGGAGGUAAAGUCAAGCUAGAGACUUUAAACAAGCUCACUUGGGAGGAAGUCCCAUGUCUAUCCUUGCACAUAUUGCAUUUAUAUUUUCAUUUUAAUACUUUUCACUUAUUCAUCUAAAAAAAAAAAAAAAAAAAAAAAAAAAAAAAAAAAAAAAAAAUACUUGAACAGUGUCGCAGGUCCAGAGCGAC